GUUGCGGGCGGAGACGGCCGAAUGAAUCAGGGAUCGCUGGAGCGCGAGAGGAUUCCCUGCCGCUGCUGUAAUCUCACGUGUGCCCCCCCCUCCCGGCAGCGGAUGCGUGGGGGCUUCUGACUCUGGGGUUUCCCGUCGGCAAUGGAAAAGUGCUGGCCAUUUACCCAGAAAAGGGGAAGAAAAUCAGUUCAGCUUUUGCUGUCUGUUGCAGUGACGCACGUUCAGUCUUGACCAGCAGUUUUCUCGCCCGGACGAAACGGCUUUCUGCAACCUCAGCCCUCAUUCCGGCAGAAUUCCCCAGCCAGCAUGGAUGAAGUUUGAAACAUACUGGUGUAACGUAAUCCUAAACUGCUGAGAUUAUAACAUAAACUGCAGUAGGUUACCAUGCAAAAUACAGUUCAGGUGUGGUUUGGAGAUGAUUUACCUAUCAGUCCACGCAGUCCACUGAUUCCAAGGCAUGGCCCUGGCCUGGCUGAUGUUUUACUAUAUGACCAAUGGAUAUCUGUCCGACAUGAGGCAACUUUGAUUCCUAUGCAAGAAGAUCUGGCUAUCUGGCUAUCUGGCUUAUUGGGUAUUGAACUAAAAGCAGAGAAUUUAUUGGAAGACCUUGAUAACGGGGUACUGCUGUGCAUUUUGAUUGGAGUCAUUCAAAGCAUAGUUAAAAGUAACUCAAAUGAUUUAAAAAAUUUCCCUUUGAGAAAAGUCCCCUGUAAAAAAGAUGCUCCUUCAGGAUCUUUCUUUGCCAGAGAUAACACAGCAAACUUUCUGAAUUGGUGUAGGUGCAUUGGCGUGGAUGAGACUUAUCUUUUUGAAUCCGAAGGCUUAGUGCUGCAUAAAGACCCAAGACAAGUGUAUCUUUGCUUACUGGAAAUUGGUCGCAUUGUAUCAAGACAUGGAGUUGAACCACCAGUAUUAGUAAAGUUAGAGAAGGAAAUUGAAUUGGAAGAAACUUUGUUGAUGUCCUCUGAUAGUGUAGCCCCUAUAGUUUCCUACAAAUCGUGCUGUCAGCAUGGAGAAUUACAUGAAGCAGUUAAGCACAUUGCUGAAGAUCCUCCUUGUAGCUGCUCUCAUAGAUUUUCAAUUGAGUAUUUGUCUGAAGGGCGCUAUAGAUUGGGAGACAAAAUACUGUUCAUUCGAAUGUUACAUGGCAAACAUGUAAUGGUACGUGUUGGUGGAGGCUGGGAUACUCUUCAAGGUUUUCUUCUCAAAUAUGAUCCUUGCCGAAUGCUUCAGUUUGCAACGUUGGAACAAAAGAUUUCAUCAUUUCAGAAAGGUGCAUCUGGUGAUACAGUUUCUGAUUCAUCUGCUAAACCUCCACAGCCUCCACCCAUGAAUCCCAUAUGUGCCAUUGAUACAUACCAUAAACAGAAUUCAAAGCACUCUGCUAUGGUUUCUGUUUCCAAAAAUCCUCGUGUAGGUAAUAGGAAACAGGCAGGAUGUAAGCCAUCUCAACCAACAGUUCAUUCUUCUUCAGAAGCAGCAAAGCAUUCCUUACCUACAGACCAGUUGACACGAAACCCAACCAGAUUAAAAGAUUCAUCAGUAAAUAAUGUUCAGCCAUUUUCCAAAGCAUCAAAACCAGUUUCAAAAAAGCCAGCACCAUCUUCUCAUAAUCCUACAUCUGUUUCAAAAUAUAGACAAACUGUAAAUAAGUGCUCAUCAUCAGCUCAGGGAAGAACUGCUUUAACACCAUCAGCCUCUCUUCAGAGAUGUACUGCUUCAUCUACCAAGCCUGCAUGUUCCCGAAACUCUCCAACUGUACAACAUUCUGCUCUAGGUUGUUCAAACAAUAAACUUUCCAGGUUGCCUGAAACGGCUACAAGGGUAGGCUGUCUAGAAGAACAUCAUUCUCCUGACAGUGCAGCCGGGCUCAGAAAUGUAGCCAAAUGUAAACCUCUUUCAAAAACCUCAGCAAAAUCGGCAAAGACAAUUAACAGAAAUUUACAUGUGUCUAAGCCAUCUUGCCCUCAAACAUCUACAAUGACUACAAAAAUAAUUUCCCAAAAUAGUAGCCAAACAUUACCCACACAGUUUUACUCACACAGAGGGAAAUUGGAAACUAAGCAAACCAAACACAAAACUGCUCUUAGCCCCAAACACUUGAGUUCUAAUUCAUCUCUUACAAAUGAUAAAACAACUGAGCAGACAUCCACACUAGAUGUAAAGAGUAAAAAUUCAUUUUCAUCUGUUAAUAAUAAUUCUGCCAAGAAAAGACCAGUUCAAAAUAGUAGGAUGAAAAUACAGGGAACAGCUGAUGCAAAAUCACAUUCUGAUCGUAUGCCAUUAUCUAUUGUGCGUCUUCCUCAAACAUCGACCAUAAACGGGACAAGGAAAAAGACAGUAGAGGCUAACGUCAAAAGUCAGGCACAGGUCAAAGUCUCCCAGAAGAAUGAUAAAGACCUGGAUUCAACCACUAAGGAUCCUGUUUUAAAAGGAAAAGCUACAGCUGUUCUAACUAAAGGGACACAGAUUAGGUUAAAGGAUUCCAUGGUAAAGUCAAAACAGGAUGAUAAUUACUUUGUUGUGACUGGGAAUAAGAAACUCAGAAAGUAAAGUACCCAGAAUUUUAAUUGAUCAUUGCAACAUGGUUUUCUAAUAGCCACCUUAUACUUGGGACCUUAAUUUUAAAUAACAACAAAAUAAUUUGAAUGCUAACUGCCUUGGAACAAGAAAGUUUAAAAGGUUUCCUAGUCCCCACAAGUGCAAUAGUUGACUCAUUACAAAUAGGCACUUUAUCAAAAUCUGAAUUAUAAAUAUUUUGGGAUCUAUUUCUCACAUUGAUGUUAAGAUGAUAAGGAUGCUCCCAAUAGGCCAUUUAUUGCUCAGUUUCAUGUGGCAAAUACUUCUUAAUGAAUUGUAAGGUGGUAUUUACCAUCUCUAAGGAAAAAUACAGCAUAGGAAAUUGCCUAUAUUAUUAGUUACAUCUGCCAGGAAAAAAAAGAUAUCUUCUGAUAAUAUAGUCUUUUGUUGACUCUAUGAUGAAUAUUUGUUUUUGGUAAGGGCUUUGGGUCAAACAUGAGCAUGAGAAUUGGUAUUUACUACUGUUGUGUGUGCAUACUACUAAGUAGAAAAGCAAUUGUCAAAUAGCCUUGAGUUAAGAAUAACUCCAAAUAAAUAUCUAUAAUGCUAAAUUUUAUUUAACCUUUCAGUGCACAGAGAACACUAAGAACAUUUUACAAGAAUUCUUGGUUUUACAGACAAUAAUUUUAGUGCCUUCACAGAUUAUGUGCUUUGUUAGCUGUAUUACAGGAAGGACUGAAAAAUGGCUCAAAUGUGUAUUCUAAUUAUUAUGGGUUGUGUUCAGGGCUACUGUUACCAGCUGGACUUACAUGAACAUGUACUUACCAGCUGGACUUACAUUAUGCAUUCAAUUAUAAUUUAAUGAUGAUACUGGCUCUGUGUAACCUUUUUAUGUUUGCUUUUCUGAAAUGACUAAAAUUUAUGCCAGCACAGUGCUUCACUCUUAAAAUGUGACAAUCUUUCUAUAGAAGAAGAGCACCCAAUUUAUUUCUAGGAAAUUACUUGUGUUUAGAAAGUGAGAGAAUAGCUUCAAAAAUGGAUUCUAUUCAUAAGCACAACUGAAACCUUUCAAAUAAUCUGCCUUUGGAAUUUUUAUAUUUAUGUUUCACACUUUCAUUUUUAGCUGUAGAAUAUAUUCCUUAUUGUAUUAAUCAUUAAUCAUUACAACAUAUAUAACUAACAUUGAAGGAAAAGUACUUUUUUAGUAUUUAGUAUUUGCAUUCAGUAUUGUGUAUUCUCUGACAGGUAUACACUAUGUAUGUGUGUAUACUGCUAUUAAGCCCAAUUGCACUUGUCAUAGAGUUUUGAAGCAAGUUUUAACACAAAUUUGUGUUCCCCUCCCCAGGAAGUAAGAAAAAUUUAAUUUCACUGUUGGUUAAAAUGCUACUCAGUGCCAACAGUUGAAAUUAAAAUUAAUCAUUAUUGUAUGAAAAUGUUUUCCUCCCUAUGCCUCCACAAAAAAUUGUGAAUUGGUUGUGGCCACAGUUGAAAAGAUUAGUUAAGCAAACACCCUGGCUCUACUCUGGUUGCAUUUUCAAAACAGAUUGUGUCUGGUUCCUUGAGGUUCAUCUGGACAAGAGUUACAUUUUUUAGUAUUUGAACAAUGACUUCUUUAUUCUAACAGUUAACACCAUUUAAAAUGUUAAAAAUGUCCAAUAUUUGAUUGAGAACUUUCAUUGAUGAAACCACGAUUCCAGAAGGCAGACUGUUUCACUAACUCUCACAGUCAUUUGGAUAUUUCAGGUUGGAUCUCUCUUUGGAAAGUUUCCAUCCAUUGUUUUCUUGGCACUAUUGGGAAUGAAUUUAUAUUCUCCUCCCUGUCACAACUCUUCAAAUAUUGAAAUACUAGCUGGAUACUUGUGCUUCGCUACAAAACUAUGUGAUGGGGCUUGAUAAAUCGACACAGCUUGACAGUUAAUGAGUAGUUAUGAUCGGCCUCUCCUCUCCCCUUCUCUCCCUCAGCCUUGCCCCACAGAACUUUAUCUGAUCCUAUCCCCCUUCUCUCCCUCAGGCUUGCCCCACAGAAGCCUGCCCUAUCCUAUCCCCUGGUUGCUGCUGUGAAAGUAAAACUGAAAGUGAAACAACUCCUCUGCUUGUGUUUUGCAUUUGGAACAGAUUUCUUUUCAAGUGGGGAGGAGGAGUAGAACUCCUUAGCAUCAGAGUGUGUUAAUAAUAAUAUAGAAAAUACUAAUGCUCCGAUGGUCAUUUUGAAAAAUCCUUUCUUAGUGAGCACUUACAAGCUAAAAGGAACAUACAUGGUAAAUUUCACGUUUGUAGGCUUUACAGUUCUGGAGAUUUUGUGAUGAUGCUUGAGUGGUAUUUCACUUUUAUAUAUAUAGAUUACCCCAGCAACCCAGUGGUAAAAUCCAAAUUUUUUUACUACCGGUUCUGUGGGCAUGGCUUGGUGGGCAUGAUGUGGCUUGGUAGGCAUUCCAGGGGAAGGAUACUGCAAAAUCUCCAUUCUCUCCCCAUUCCUGGGGGAAGGCUAUUGCAAAAUCUCCAUUCCCAUCCCACUCUGGAGCCAGCCAGAGGUGGCAUUUGCCAGUUCUCUGAACCACUCAAAAUUUCCACUACCAGUUCUUCAAACUGCUCAAAAUUUUGUUACCAGUUCUCCAGAAUCUGCUGGAUUUCAGCCCUGCAGCAAUCACCUCCUUGCCCCACAUACAUAAUCAAUGGAUUGCUACAAAGAACAGUAGUACCUAGACUUAUAUACCAUAUCAUAGUGCUUUACAGCCCUCUCUAAAUGGUUUACAAUGUCAGCGUAUUGCCCUCAACUAUUUGGGUCUUCAUUUUCCAACCUUGGAAAGAAGGAAGGCUGAGCCAACCUUGAGCCAGUGAGAAUUGAACUGCCAGCAGUUAGCAGAAUUAGCCUGCAAUACUGCAUUCUAACCACUGUGCCAACGAAGGCUCAAAUGGUUAGCAAGUUAUCCUUCCUUUGUUGUGUUACAGCUAAACAAGUUGAAACUUCUCUGCUACAAAUGAGUUCUGCGUCCAAAGCCUCUGAAGGGAAAUAAGAGUUCCAAAUGAUUACAUAAGGUUUAUACACAUGCACGUAGACACAGCCAGUCAGUCUGGUGUAGUAAUUAAGGAGUUGAACAGGAAAAUCCAAGUCCUAGUCUACUUUCAAGUAUGGAAGAGAGUUUCUGGUCAAAAGCUAUCUUGCCAACUCUCAUGCCCAAGGCGGGGACUAGAAUUCAUAUUUAUGUGAUUUCUAGCCUAGCAUGUUACCCAUUACAUCAAAGUCCACUGUGAUUGCCUUAAUAUUUUUAGAAUUUCUGAUUAUGCAACCAAGUUAUUCUAAAGGCAAAGUAGAAAAAAAGAACAGGGCAUCUUGGGGCAUAACUCUUUAUAAAUUUAACAAAGAAGAGAGCAUAUGGUUAAUAUUCACUCUUAGAGAUUGCAUGUGUUUUAUCAGUCCUAAAUAUAAAACUGAAGCAAUUUAUAAUAUGUUAACAUAGACUUCAUACAUUUCUAAGAAAACGUUAUCAAAUUAUUAUAGCUCUGGAUCUUGCCUAUUUUGUGCUGUUGUCUGAUAUUGUUAGAAAUUUGACAGCCUUGUAUAAAUCUAUUGCAGGUUGAAGUCACUCUCAUUAGAACAUUGUGCUAUAUUUAGAAUAUCUGUGAUAGUUCAUUAAAAUUUGAAAGUCAGGGACUCAUUGAAAAAGAUUUCCCAUGCAAUUCUAGGAAGGUAUGACACAAAAGUCCAAUAUACUUUUUAACACAUCCAAUGGAAACUAUUCACCAGUUUUAUAGGUUUAUUUUUAAUAACAGAUUUUUAAAAGUGAAUUAAAAACUAAGUCUUGAUAUCAAUAGGGUAAAACUAUUUAGUGCAAAAGAAAAUCUUAACUAAUUGUUUGUUUAAUGACGCAUUCCACUGUGUACCCUAAAUAGAUGGCACAAUAUUAUUUUACUAAUUUGUUUUAAACCUGGAACCUAAUAAUAGAUUUUACUCCCUUUCCACAAUAUUGUUGCUUUGUGUAAAGUAUGAAAAUAUAUGUUGGUACUUGUUGAGUUCAUUUUUUGCAAAUCCCAAACAUUUAUAUCAAUUCGGCAAUGGAUCUGAACAGUACUAAUUAUUUUACUUUCUUUUUGCAUUGUGGUAAUUCAAUCGCGUAUCAAUGUUCUGGUAGAGUAGAUGUACUCCAGGUAAUAAUGCUGUCUAGUUGGUCCCCCAAAACAUGUCUUCUCUUUAUGAUACCUGCCAUGUGAAUUAGCCUUCACCCUGAAAUAUGAGUGGCUGCUACUCUAUUGGCCUUUUGCAAGGCCAUGAAAAUCUGGCUUUUCCACCAGACAUUGAUGGUGGGAUGUUAGUUGUGUUAGGGGAGUUUCUAACAGUUUGUGUUAGAAAUUCCCCAAACACAACUAACAUCCCACCAUCAAUGUGGGAUUGCUCUCUGCUUUAUAAAAUUUGUAUCAUUCAACAAAGACACGUUAAAGAGUCAUUUAAAAAUGUGUUUGUGUUUUCACUGAGCCUUCUUGAUGUGGUUUUAGUUUUAUUUGCUUUAAUGUACCGUGUUUCCCCGAAAAUAAGACCCUAUCUUAUACUUUUUUGAAUUCUGAAAUAAGUGCUUGGCCUUAUUGCCAUGCGCGCAAAAGCCCGAUUGGGCUUAUUAUCGGGGGAGGUCUUAUUUUGUGGGAAAUACAGUAAUUCUUUGUUUUUAUUUGUUUGCCUCUCAGAGUUUAACCCUAAGAGGGUUAAAAUAAAAAUGGAUAAAUAAAUAAAAUUUUUAGCAGUAAUCAUACCAAGGCAUUGCUCUCCACUAUAUAAAAUUUGUAUCAUUCAACAAAGACACAUUAAAGAGUCAUUUAAAAAGCUGCUUGUUUCAAAGAAGCAUGGUCUGAAAUUGUAAUAACAUCUACAUUAAAGCGUUAACUUCAGAUAUCAAAGAAUGAAUUAACAGAGGGCGAAAAAGCUAGCCUAGAACAAUUCUUACGUGGAAUUGUGGAAUUAACUGUGGAAAAAGCAAACUAUAUUCUCAUUGGCAGUAGACUGCCAAAUAUCCACUAAGUUAGGUUUGGACAAGUAUUCUACCAAAAUACUAUGAAUCCAGGAAUAUCAUUUGGAUGGUAAAAUGUUUCCAUUAAAAAAACCUUUAAUAUGUAGAAUUGCUACUUUAUACAAAUCAAUAAAAAAUUUACCUUUAAGAAGA